GUAUUUAAUUAAGAUAUUCGCAACUAACUUGCUAAACAUACAAUUUGUUACGAUCAAACACAUCAUCAUGGCGUAAUAGCACACUGAUUAGAUGGCCAAAAAAAAUAUCACUUCAAUAUAACGAAGCGUUUUCCCGACUGUUAGCCCUUCAUCUGUCAAUAUUUGAUCGAGGAACAUCCGGUUGUUGAAUUCAAGAUGGCGUCAGUGUGGAGUCUAGUUGUCUGUGGUCUGAUGAUGGCGGCGCUUCCGGCGGCGAGGGGCACGGCGGAGGUCAUGUCGCAUGUCACUGCGCACUUUGGAAAGACCCUGGAAGAAUGCAGGGAAGAAUCCGGCCUCUCCGGAGAAAUAAUGGAAGAGUUCCACCACUUCUGGCGCGAGGACUUUGAGGUGGUGCACCGCGAGCUGGGCUGCGCCAUCAUCUGCAUGAGCAACAAGUUCCAGCUGAUGCAGGACGACGCGCGCAUGCACCACGAGAACAUGCACGACUACAUCAAGAGCUUCCCCAAGGGUGACCUCCUCUCAGAGACGAUGGUGAGGCUGAUCCACAACUGUGAGAAGAAGUACGACGACAUCGACGACGAGUGCAGCCGCGUGGUGAAGACGGCUGCUUGCUUCAAGAAGGACGCACAGGCUGAGGGCAUCGCCCCCGAGCUCACCAUGAUAGAAGCCGUGCUAGAGAAGUACUGAGAGAUGUUGGUGAUGAUGAUGAUGAAGAUGCAGGUGUUACAAGAGGCGUGGAUGGUGUUUAACAGUCUUCCAAGGUGUUUUAAAGUUUAAUUUGUCAAGGUUUAUUAUAUCCAAGAAAGAGUAGCAGAAGAGCGUAUUUAAGAAAAUACACAUAAGAUAAUAACUGUAGAACAUGUGUGCCUCUUGUAUCACUACUCGUAUCUUGAUCAAUAAUACAACGACGAUAAAUGCAUUAAUUGGAUCUGAAGCUUAUACAUUAUUAGUUGUAGUUAUCUUUGAUGAAGCAAUCAUAAUAAAGAGAUUAUGACCACUGAAA